AAUAUUACUUUAUAUAAUUUUAUUAUAUUUGUUCCUUUUAAACUAAGUUUGAAAUUUAAAAAAUAUGAUUAUUAUAUCUAUUUUGACAAUUUUACUAUUUAAUUUUUUAUUGGUGAAAUCUGAAAACAAACAACGACAUUGCAAUUUUUCUAGAUACAUGUUGAAUUAUUUUAAACAUAAUGAACAGUAUUUGUUAUAUUUGGAUAAAAAUUCAGAAAAAGUAACCGAAGAAGAUUUAAAUGAAUACGACAAAGCUGUUCAAUCCCAUGGUAAUAUUGUAAUAUUCAUGAUUCAAGAACUUUAUUAUUAUCACAACGACUAUUAUCCAUCAGACUUGAUGACGGUAAAUAUGUAUUUAAACAAUAUUUCUGGAUCAAUAAUUGUAAUUUAUAAAGAAGACGCAGUUAAUGAUAUCAAAAAUAAUAAAGUGUUUCUCAGUUUAGAAGGUUUAAAAUUACUUAAUCAUACUAUGAUAAAAUGUUUAGACAAUUAUAUAAAGUCAAAUUGUACUGAAGAACCAAUUAUGUUAUUUGUCGAAUAUCCUAUCAAAUUAUUACCAUCUCAUAUAUUAAAUAUUGACCAGUUAAGUAGGGCUACAGAAUAUCUCAGAGAAAAAUUAAUGACAGAAAUAAAUUUUGAAAAAAUUAAUAAUCAAGACCAACAAUUGUUCCACCCAAAAAAUAUAUUAUUUUAUAAUUUAAUGACGAAUGACUCAGAAGAAAAUCUAACAAUUGGUACUAAAUCAAAACGGCGUCAAAAUCUUGAUUAUGAUAAACCAAAAGAAGUUUUAGAUCUCCUAAGAUUUGCUCCACUUAAUAUAAAGUGCGCUGACGAAACUCACCUAACUCUACUAGAUUUUUUUCGUUUCGCAGAGUAUCAAUUUUUUUUCUGUGAUAUAAAAACUUUCCAUAAAAUAUUACGUGGAGCUAUAUUUUAUCCUGUUGGAGUACUUAUAGCGGAUUACACGCAUUUUGUAAACGCGUUUCGCAAUUGUAAAGUACUUAAAAAGGAUAACAAAAUUGUUCAAGAUAGUUUAGUUACCUUAGGAAAGAAGAUAGCACUCAUCCUUCAAACAUUUAUUAACCUUAAAAUAUACGAUGUGGAAAGAUUUGAUUUUUUUAAAAUAAUAUCUAGCAGAUUACACUUGAUUCUAAAUUGGGUAAAAGGUAUACCACUUCGAAAUGAAGAUUUACCAGAGAUGAUGUUAAAAGAAAUAAAAAAUUUCAUGUUAAAACACAAAUUAAAAUUCAAUUUAGAAUAUGAGAAUAUUUUUUCUGAAAAAAUUUUUGUUAAUAUACUUAACAUAAUAUUAGGAAAAACGAAUCUAGUUGAAUCUUAUAUUCAGGAAAUAAAAAAUCAUGUAAAUUCAUUAUAUUCAGUUUAUAAUUUAAAACUUUUUGGCAGAAUUUCUGUUAAAAAUUAUAAGCACUUUUUAAUGCCAGAUAUAAUUGACAAUAUAUGUAAAGAAAAUUUAUUUGUUGAAGAUAGAAAUACAAGUGAUAAUUUCAACGAUCUCAAUAACAGUAGUGAAUUGAAUAUUAAUGAUAUCGGAAAUAAUGAUGGUUUGGAUGAAUUCAAAAUUACAAAUUAUGAAAAUAUCAAACACCCUAUUUUCAUAAGAAAAAAGAAUAAAAGUUUGAUAGUAUCAAUUGAAAUGAAGGAUUUCCCAAAACACAUGGUGGAUUAUUUUAUUUGUACAAAAUAGAAAAUUAUAUUUUUGUAUUAAUAAACAGACUAGUAUAAAUUUAAACAUUUAAA